CGCAUCAUAACCUGCGAUGGUCGGACUGUCAUGGCACAUUGCAGCAGUCGCUCAUGUCGAGGUCGAUGCCGACCAUGUCAUCGCUGACAACUCACCACCUUCUCCCUCCAUUCCCAUCUGACUUGUCUACCGUCUCGCUCGACUCCAUCUCUCUGGACGAGCUGCAGUCGUCGAAUCCGUCCCAAGCAGAGACGAAACUAUUCGCAGCAUGUCAGGACAUUGGCUUCUUCUACCUUCCCUUGGAAGACUCUGAGCUCGGCCGCAACAUACUGCGCGAGGCUGAAGAUCUUCACGCGUUACAACAACGUUUCUUCGCCCUCCCCAGCCAUGCCAAAGACGAAUAUGGCCGAGACAAAGUGGAUCCCUUCUUUUCAUAUCGCUGGACGCCAUGUCCAGAUGGAGUCGGUAGGAGGGAGAUGUAUUCCCUACGGGUAGACGACUUCCUCCGCGUCCGGCAGCCUCUGCCCCGACAUCCCAUGAUCUCGUCGAUCGAGCCCCUUCUAGCCUCCUUUGCCCUACAUUGCAGGCAGGUCGUACAGUCGGUUCUCGGUGUCCUGGAGAAAUCCCUUGCCCUCCCUGCGGGUGCCCUUCUGGCUUUGCACCGAGACGAUGCGGCGCGGGGAGACUUCAUUGCCUUGCAGCACCGCGCAUCUGAGCCUGCCGAUGAACUCAUGAUUCAGAAUGGAGAGCACACGGAUUUUGGCAGCAUCACGAUCCUCUUCAACUGGCUAGGCGGCUUACAGAUCCGCGAGCAGACUAAUGGUGACGGCAUUGGCGAAUGGCUCUAUGUCAAGCCCAUUCCUGGUAGUGUGGUCGUCAACUUGGGCGAUUCAAUGGUCAAACUGACCGCGGGAUUGUUGCGAUCGAACAUUCACCGCGUAGCCCCAUCUCCCGGACUCCAAGCCGGCUUACCACGCUACUCUCUGGUUUAUUUUUCGCACCCGAACGACGAUGUUCCAUUGACGCCUGUGAAAGGCGGUCUCGUUGACGCCGCGCAACGAGAGACAGACGAGACUGGGGAGGUCGUUACUGCCGCCGAUUGGACUGUUCGGCGGAGUUUGGGCGAUCUCCGAGGCGUGUAUACAUACAAGGGCGGAGUAGAAUGGAGAGACAACAGCGAUGCCGUCCCGGCGCCUAGCAACCGUCCAAUUGCGGCGUAGGUAGUAUUAUGCAUGGCUCUAAGAAUCGAUCAAACACUUCCCUCGUCUUGUAUUAAUCACUGAUCGUCGUGCUCGCUUCUUGUAGGUGACGCACUGUCCUCGUUGGCGUCAGAUCUCAAGACAGGCUGAACAGCCAUUGCCCUUACAGGCCUGCACAAAGAGGUCGUGGACCAG